GGAGAAGUGGCCCGCCUCCCCCCUCCUCCCCCUUCCUCCGGCGGCCGGCAGAGGAGGGGGGGUGUUUGCAAGGAGAGGGGGGAGCGCCCUCGCCGCUUGAUUUUCAUUUUUUUACAUCCAUCUAUUUUUAAGUUUUCCUAUGGACUGAGAUGGCCUCCGAGCUGGCCAUGAGCGCGGAGCUGCCCACCAGCCCCCUGGCCAUCGAGUACGUCAACGACUUCGACCUGAUGAAGUUCGAGGUGAAGAAGGAGCCGCCCGAAGCCGAGCGCUUCUGCCACCGCCUGCCGCCCGGCUCGCUGUCCUCCACGCCCAUCAGCACGCCCUGCUCCUCCGUGCCUUCCUCGCCCAGCUUCUGCGCCCCCAGCCCCGGCGGGCAGGCGGGGGUGGCUCCCGGCGGGGGCGGCGCGGCAGCCAACAAGCCCCAGCUGGAGGACCUGUACUGGAUGUCCAACUACCAGCACCACCUGAACCCCGAGGCGCUCAACCUGACCCCGGAGGAUGCCGUGGAGGCGCUCAUCGGCGCCCCCCCCCCCCCCCCCCCCCACCACCAGCCGGGCUACGAGGGCUUCCGCGCGCAGGCCUUCGGCGCCGAGGAGAUGCCGCCCUCGGGCCACCACCACCACGCGCAUCACCACCACCACGGGCAUCACCUGCGGCUGGAGGACCGCUUCUCGGACGACCAGCUGGUGAGCAUGUCGGUGCGGGAGCUGAACCGGCAGCUGCGCGGCUUCUCCAAGGAGGAGGUGAUCCGCCUCAAGCAGAAGCGGCGCACGCUGAAGAACCGCGGCUAUGCCCAGUCGUGCCGCUACAAGCGGGUGCAGCAGCGGCACAUCCUGGAGAACGAGAAGUGCCAGCUCCAGGGCCAGGUGGAGCAGCUCAAGCAGGAGAUCGCCCGCCUGGCCAAGGAGAGGGACCUCUACAAGGAGAAGUACGAGAAGCUGGCCGGCCGCGCCUUCCCCCACGAGCCCUCGCCCGCCGCCGCCCCGGGGAAAACCUCCGCCGACUUCUUCAUGUGAGGCUCCCCUGCGACGGGGGCAAGGCUUUUCCCCACCCUCCCCUUUCAUCCCCUGUACAUAGAUCCCUGGCGCUGUCUCCCUCUCGGCUUCCUCCCAGCCGCCGGACCGGGAUGGACGCAAGCGAUGAUGGGCUGUCUGGGAUGGCUUGGACGGGGAUGAUCCUGCCUCGGGACUGGAUGGACGCAGGUUAUGGGUCAGGCAGGGCGCCGGACUAGACGGACACAAGCGGUGGAUGGUUUGGACGGGGCCGAUCCCGCUUCGGGGCAGGGGGCUGGACCAGACGUGGCCUCUGGAGGUCUCUUCCAGCCCUGCUUCUCGAGGAGGAUCCUGCGAGACCCAGCCCCCAGGCAGAGAAGGCUGCUGCCCCAGACGUGCAGGCAGAGAAGGCUGCCACCCCCACUUCCAGGCACAUCCAGGCUGGACUCUUUUGCAAGCUUGUCUUUUAUUUGGGAUGGGGAGGGGGUCCUUUCCCAUCCAAAAAAGCCAAGAAAAGGAGCAUUUUUACCUCCCCUCUGCAGCCACCCCCGAUGCGACAGAACUUUGUACCUCCCCAGACCUGGCUUUGGCCAAGGACAAGCAGCCAGGCACGCGCACGCACUCCUGAGUCUUAACGGGGGAGAG